AACUUCAUGGCAUUUGAAAGAGAGAAAGUACAUUGGUAUUGUACUCAAAUUAAACUUGAUGGUAUUAUUCUGAUGCAUGUGAAAAAUACUCGUGUGCAGGUGGUGGUUUUAGUUCUCAUUCCAAGCUUAAGAGGAAAUUGAUUUAUAUAUGCAGUGAGGUCAUUGAAAUAUACUGUCAUUGUUCAAUAUUUGCCAAGGGUCUUUCGAAAUCUACUCAUUCUUAAAGAAAGUUAGAUGGCCUUCUAGCAUUCUCCGAGAAAGUGUCAAGGCUAAAGCUGCAUUCAAUAUCUUCCUUUAUAUCCUUGCAAGCCAUGCUCAUUUGGUACAGUGCAUCGUGCUGAAUGGCAUGGAUCGGAGAAUGGUUAGUUGGAAUGUUAGUUUUCUUUUGGAGCUGUCAGCUUUUGGAGCCAUUGCAGAGCCCUCUACCUAAUCGCUUGUUUACCUUUGGCGCAAUACCAAAUGUGAGGGCCAAAGGGAGAGCAUCAGUACGUGUUGCUGACAUUCUAAAUCAUUUGCAAACAGAGGAACCUAUUAACUCAAAUGAUAUGGUUGUGCCAGAGAUAAAUACACUCAUUCUUAUAUUUAGGGAGGUGGACAUGGUCACUCCCAUGUGUUCUCAGUUGACAUAUGAAGGGUUGUUUGAUGAGUUUUUGCAUGUGAGUAAUGGUUCUGUGGAGCUUGAUUCAUCGAUCAUGGGUGCUCAACAAGAUGGAAAAAAGAUCAAGGUUCCACUUAAUUCAAGAUAUUUUCAGUUGCCCUCUGGCCUUUCUAAUCCUUGUUAUUAGCAGGCGAGGAUGAAGUUUCUGUUGUUCCUUUGAAUGAACCAUUGUCUGAUUUUACUGAUGAAGAUAUUAGAGAGUUUGCAUCUUUCAUUGGUGGAUCAUAUGUUGCCGAUGCUUCAAAAACUUUAAAUGGAGAGUUUACUGUGACUGAUGCUGUUAAGAUCAAUCUUCCUCUGUCUAAGGACUUGAAGAAUGCAAAGGCGAUUGUUGAUUGGAUAGAUUGGGCAGAGCCACAGUAUGACUUUAAUCCCAUUAUUGAUGAAUGGUGCCAAGAAGCUCCCGAAUAACUUGAUUUAUAUAUUCUAAUAAAUUUGAAUAAAUUUUGUAACCAACAGAUGGUCAGUUAAUGAUUGUGUUGGGUUGAAUGAUAUUA